CAUGUAAGUGCGAUGAAAUCGGGUCGAUGCACAAUACAUGUGAUCAGAACACCUCACAGUGCACGUGUAAAACAAAUUUUGCUGGAAUUACUUGCGACAGUUGUGCCGACGGCUAUUUUGGCCAUCCGCUCUGCGAACUGCGAUUGCGAUGCAAGCGGCACCGAAGAUGGUAUCUGUGAUAAAGAAACAGGUGCUUGUCUCUGCAAACCGGGGUUUUCUGGAUCAAGAUGCGAUGAAUGCGAUUUGAAUUUCUUCGGUUAUCCACACUGCAAGGAAUGCGGUUGCAACCAGCAUGGUUCAAAAUCCAUGGAAUGCGAUCGAAAGACUGGCGAUUGCCCGUGCUUUGCGAAUUUCACUAGCAAAAAGUGUGAUCGUUGCGCAGCUGGUUUUUACGAUUAUCCAGACUGUAAGCCGUGCUCGUGUUUGGUCAGUGGUUCGAAAGGCAUGACAUGCGACAACACCGGACAGUGCUAUUGUAAGCCGAAUUUUCAAGAAUGCAACUGUAAUCCGAACGGUGUGGUAGCGAGUUUUGCUGGAUGUGAUAAGGUCGCACCGGGAGAGCUGUGUACCUGCAAGAGGCAUGUGGCCGGCCGUAUAUGCGAUCAGUGCAAGCCGACCUACUGGGAUUUGCAAUACCACCAUGAGGAUGGUUGCGUGGAGUGUCGGUGCAAUUCUGCUGGCACUAUUUCGGAACUGAAUGAAUGUGGUCUGAUCGACGGACAGUGCUACUGUAAACGACACGUCGCCGGUCGCCAGUGUGACAAGUGCGCCGAUGGAUUUUAUAAGCUGGAAGCACACAGCCAGCUCGGAUGUCAAGCUUGUAAUUGCGAUACUGGCGGCGCACUCGGCGUUGGGUGUGAUCUGGAAACUGGCGAGUGCCGUUGUCGACCUCGAAUCACCGGUCAGAAGUGUGACCGACCGAUAGAAAAUCAUUACUUUCCGACGUUAUGGCACAAUAAAUACGAAGCGGAAGACGGCGUAUCAUCAGACAAUAAACCGGUACGCUUCGCCAUCGACAAGAACAAAUUUCCCAGUUAUUCCUGGCGUGGUUAUGCGGUUUUUUCGCCAAUCCAGGAAGAUAUUUUUUUGGAUGUAGCAAUUGCAAAAGCCAGCAUUUAUCGUCUUCUUUUCCAUUUCAUCAACCCAACUGACGUUAAAAUUGAGGCUCGGAUUGCUGUUAUACCUCUUUUCACGCAUACGCAAGAUGUGGAGCAGACCGUGAAAAUUACUCUUCCACCAGCAUCUGAACCAACAACGACUGCGGUCAAUCCGAAACAUCCAUUUAUCUUAAAUCCUGGCAAAUGGCGAAUAAAAAUUUCAACUAAACAGCGUUUGUUCCUGGAUUUUAUUGUGAUAUUGCCAGCAGAAUACUACGAAGGAACAGUGCUGAAAGAACGUGAUUUUGAACCGUGCCAUGCACGUCAUUCAGAAAAUCUGACGUGCGUUGACUUGCUGUAUCCGCCACUUCCUGUUGUUUUCCGAGCGGAUGCUGCCGAAGAGGCUGCUAUCUUGGAAGAAAAGAAUGACGGAUCGAUGGUACAAGUUGAGAAGUAUGCACAUAUAAUGUAA